AUGUUGGGAAAUAGUAGGAGUAAUAGUGUCAGUAAUGAUAUUGGGCGUUUCAACGGUGCCUGUCAGUCGAUAAAGACGCUACUACGGUAUCAUAAGAAGAAGAAUACCCUUCUACAGUUAAAGAUAUUGACUGGUAUGACCAUAAUGGGUAUUGGCCUAUUUUUACUCAUAUUUCAAACCUUUGUGUCCAAAUUGGAUGGGGCUGAUGCCCCGGAAUGCCGAAUGUCCUAUAUGUCUCCCGCGUAUGCCAAAGUUAAUGGGUUUGACCACUCUCAUACAAAAUAUGCUUCCAAGUAUUCGUUGUAUUUAUACCGUGAACAAGGUAAAGACUUGAAUCCUGAUGACAACACCCAAUUCUUGAACGGAGCUCCGAUUUUAUUCAUUCCAGGAAAUGCUGGAAGUUAUAAGCAAGUUAGAGCGUUGGCCGCCGAAUGCGCUAAUCUUUAUGUCAGCGACUAUCAAGGCAAACGGAAAAAUCAAGUAUGGAACAACAAUGCUAAAAAUUUGGACUUCUUCACUGCAGACUUUAAUGAGGACUUUACUGCCUUCCAUGGCAGAACUUUAUUGGAUCAAUCAGAAUAUCUCAAUGAUGCCAUUAAAUUUAUCCUAUCUCUAUACGCCAAAAAUAAUAUUCCUACAAAGUCAGUGAUUGUUGUUGGACAUUCCAUGGGUGGUAUUGUUGCCAGGACCAUGAUAACCUUGCCAAACUAUGCCAACGGUUCCAUUAAUACUUUUUUAACGCUAGCAGCCCCUCACGCGGCUUCUCCAGUGACCUUCGAUGGUGACUUAAUGAAGGUUUAUAGUUCAAUAGAUAAGUUUUGGAGAGGUGGAUUUCUUAAUGCCAAGCAUUCUGCAACUAAGGAAAUUGAUUCUAAAAUUAUCGAUUUGGCCCAACCUAGAUUGAAAAAUGUUUCUUUGAUCUCUAUAACUGGUGGUUUAAUGGACACAGUUUUGCCAGCAGAUUAUACAAGCAUCAAGAGUUUGGUUCCGAAUGAAAAUGGGUUUACGGUGUUUACCACAGGUAUACCGGGGGUUUGGACACCAAUUGAUCACUUGGCUAUUGUUUGGUGCGACCAGUUAAGAAAAGUCUUGGCAAGAACUUUAUUAGAGAUUGUGGACAAUACCUCCAUGGACAAAACAUAUCCUUUACAAGAAAGAAUGAAGAUUUUCAGAAGACAUUUACUUUCUGGUUUUGAGGAUUAUAGCGCAAAAGAUUAUGAGAGUUCUAAAGGUGAAGAUAUCAAUUUUUCAAUUAAAUUAAAGGUUGAUAACGAUCAAAUCAGUUCCGCAAUGCCGGGUGAGCGAUCUUUGAUACUGCCGCCAAGUUACUCUCCUAAUGUUUUCAAGAGAGGGCAGAGAACCCCGAAAAUGAAUUUCUUCUAUUUGCCAGAAGAAAAAGAUUCAUCAAAGGGCAAGUAUGAAUUCACUGCCCUCAGCUCGUUGCCAUUUGAAAGUAUUGAAGAUUUCGGGAAAUCCACCAAACCAGUUGCGCUUUUGUGCCGUAAUGCAGUCAGACAUAAUCAUAUGAAUGCUGAGGUUGAAUCAUCAUCAAUCAGAAUUGUUGAUUUUACCAGUGAAACUACUAGUAAGGGCAUUGAGUUAGAAUGUAUUGAUGUAUCUUCAAAUGCACAUAGUGUCCCAAGGUCAGCCAUAAGCACAGUUUCUGCUUCUGAGUCAUCUAUUGGGGGUAAAUUCUCAAACUACAAUGUUUUGCAAUUCAAUUCUACCACGUUGUCCAACUUUGAGUUAGUGGUCAUCGGCGAGUCUCCAAAUUUUUAUAGCUUGGAAAACCGUCAGGAUUUCAUUGUAGCUGAUUUGGUGAAAUCUGAGUUGGCGAAUAUCAAGUCUGACGCUAAUUUCUGGAAAUUUUUACUCUUUGGUGUGGAAAUAAAUUUACCAGCAAAAAGGCCUUUGGCGGUCGAUGUUUCCAUUCCAUCAAUAUGGAGUAGUUUAGUUGCCUAUAAUUUGAAAGUUGUCAGAAGUUUUGAUCAGAAGGAUGAUAGAAAACCUGAAAAUGAAAGAUUUGGACCCCUUAUAAGACAAUGGAUUCCAAGCAUUUUUGAAACUAAAUGGUUAGUUGGGUUGAACAAUGAACCCGAAAAAUUGAUUUCUUUGCAUUCAGUAGCUCCUUAUGUUCCAUUUGAAAGUUCUAAGAAUUCAAACGCCUUACACUUGCAAGUAUGGUCUGAUUCAAUGAGUACAAAGAAUUUGGUUACUUUGAAGCUCCGUGUUGAUAUUCUCACGAGUUUAAGGUUAUUAGUCAUGAGGUUCAGAUUGGUUAUAGGCACCUUACCGGUUGCUAUUGUGGCAUUGGUUUUGGGAUAUCAAUUCAGAAUGUAUAGCAAAGCUGGCGAGUUUGUAUCCUUUGGUGAUGGAUUGGUAUAUCUUUGUACUCCAAAAGCUUUGGGUAUUAUUUGUGGAUUGUUAUCAUUCUUAUCACUUAUUUCUUCAAACGAAUUUUUCCAAGGCCUCUUUUACUUGCUUGAUCCAAUUGGGUUGGCUUCUGCUUUAGAUAGUGGCUUGGUUACAGAAAAUAUUAGCUUGAAUCCAUUUUUCUUGGGCUUGGAAGAAGAUAUGUUGUUUGUUUUUGGUCCAAUAUUUUUCAUCAUUUCUUUGGCACUUGUUUGCUUGACAUACAAUUUGGUAUUACUUAUAUCGUGGACUCUUUCUGCAGUUUAUCUCGGGUUGGUGUUCAAAUUAAUGAAUAAAAGAAAUCAAUUCAAGAUGUCACAUAGCACUGACACAGUGUUUUUGCAGUCCAAAAGAAGAAUCAUUGGGACUAUUUUUAUAAUCGGGUCCAUUCCAUUUUAUUUCCCAUACCAAUUUGCCUAUGUCGUCAUCACUCUUGUACAGGUAACUGUAUGCAUAAGGUCAGUUAUUUCCUACAAGUCGUUGGAAAAGCAGCAGCCCUCUUCUAUUGCUGUUGAUAAGUUGAAUACAAUGAAGCAUGAGGCUGCAAAUUUCAAGAACUUCAAUUUAUCUUUUUUCAUGUUGAUGCUUUGGAUCUUACCAAUUAAUAUUCCAGUUUUGAUUGUUUUCAUUCACAAUUUUGCAUUGAAAUGGCAAACACCAUUUUCAUCACAUCAUAAUUUCCUUGCAAUUGUUCCAAUCUUCAUUGUGAUUGAAAAGAACGUUAGUGGUAAAAUGCCUGUUAGAAUGAUGUUACAAUCUUCAUCUUUGUUGGUGCCAAAUUUUAUUACACAAAUGAUUCUUGGAUAUAUGGCGUUCUACUCUAUCGUUUUUGGGGUUAGGCAUGCUUGGUGGUUACACUAUUUAUUGAAUUUCUUCUGUACUUGGUUAGUGUUUUUGAAUUUUGAUAUUUGGGGAACUAGUAAUAACCAAAACAAUGCUAUUUCAGGAAAUUCGUAUUGCAGCGGAGGAAGCACAUUAGGAAGAGAUCCUGAGAAAGCUAAAAGCAGAGAAUAUUUGAAGCGUUCAGAUUUGUCAUACCUCAAUAUGACCGGAUCCAAAAUUUAUUGA